AUUCAUAAAUAAACAGUUACUGUGACAUAUACAUUGGAAACGUCACGCUCCACACCGGUUACGCCUACUUGUGCGUUUAUGGUAUACUGAAGUGAUUUAUGAUUAUUGUGGCGUAGGGUUAUCAUAACUGUUGCGUACGUGGUGCUUAUUUUAUAAUACUUCAAACUUAUAAGUAAUGAUGCUUAACUCUGCUCGAAGAUGCUUCAAGUCUCUCAUUCAGCCAUCUAUUGUAGAAAAACAUCGCCGAUUCUGCAUAAUUUACAGGAAUAUUUUAAAUUUGAAUGGUGUUGCAAAAUACAACUUAUCUUCUAGAAUAUCUAACUUUCACUGCCAAAGAGGUGUGUCGACCGUGAACUCCACUGCCGCCAACACCAUCACGUUGAAGGACGAGAGCAGAGAGUUCAUGGCAGUGUUCCCGGAUGUUGUGCGCGACCUCACGGACGCAGGACGGCAUACCGACAUACCAGAGGCAAACAAGUGGUUUGCAAAGGUGCUGCAGUACAAUGUUCCGUCGGGCAGGAAGAUCCGAGGCCUGGCCCUGAUCUACGCCUACAAGCAGCUGGUACCAGCCGAACACUUGACGCCGGACAACUUGCGACUGGCGUACAUCAUGGCCUGGUGCAUCGAGAUGCUGCAGGCUUUCUUCCUGUUGGAGGACGACAUCAUGGACAGUGGGGAGGAGCGUCGAGGGAAACCGUGCUGGUACAAGCACAAUAACCUGGGUCUGGCCGCCAUCAACGAUGGCUUGCUGUUGGAGAGCGGUGUUUACCUGCUCCUGCGACGCCACUUCCGGGACAAGCCGUUCUACCUCGAUGCCGUCGAAGCUUUCCUCCAGAUCACACACAAGACCUUCCUGGGACAGUCGCUGGACAUCCACAGCUUCCACAAAGAUGGCCGCCCGAGACUGGAGCACUACACCAUGGACCGCUACAACUCGCUCGUCAAGUACAAGACUGCCUACUAUUCGUUUUGUCUGCCAGUGGUUCUGGCGAUGCACAUGGUAUUUAUCUCUUAGUGUUAUUUUUCUGACCACUUUGCCAGGGGCUUGUGCCCUUGAGACUUUGUGUUUUGUUCCGUUCCAUAUCUGUACUACCGAACGGGCAU